CGCAUCCGAUGUAAUCGACCCGCACAUCAAGCAAAAGUGAAACCUUGUACACAGGUGUCCUUCACCGAAGAAUUCAAUAAGACCCCCUCGGGCUCUCGCAUCAACCAAAUACGUAAGCUCUAGGUUGUUCAUCAACCAAGUCACCACGAGGAAACACCCACAGCCCUCCGCCGCCACCAUCAGCAAGACCAUGUCCCCAAACGGCAUCACCCGCGUCACCCUCUCCAACGGAUACCGCGCCUACCGCCGCAGGGCUGACGGCGACAAACCAGCCAAGCAACAGAAGAAAGUGCGGUUCGUCAAGGGGUAUGUCACCAUCCCGGACCGCCAUACGCCUCCCAUCAUGAGACGACCGUCUGGGCCCGGCAAUAUGCAGGGCCAACUACAUGUAAAUCAGGGGAAUGGGUUGGAUGGUGAUGAUGGCGAGGUGAUCGGAGAGCACAAAGCAAAGGAGAUGGUUGAAAUGGUGAAGACGGCGGAUGAAGAUAAAGCAGCGGGAGAGCCGACGAGUGCGGUUGAGCCAGGACAAAGAGGAAAAGGAGGCAGUUAUGUCGACAGGGGCGGGAUCAAGGUGUGGCGGAAACAGCCGCGGUUCAGGGGCAGCGGGACAUUGCAGGUAUUGGAUGACCCGGUGAGAGACGGGAUGCUGCUGGCGAGGUCGCAGAUGGGUUGGCCGAGCGACAAAUGGCGGGAUGGUUUGGGCAUGGUAUGCCCAGCCGAGAACGAGAAGGAUUGUGAAUGCGUGGAGGAAAAGGGGCUGCGGUAUGGAGAGGGGAAGAGAGAGGCUGGGUUCAGGCUGGAGAACGUCGCGCGUGGGGAGUUUUGUUGGACGAUCCGGGUUGUUCAUCGUGGGCAGAUGAACAGAGGCGUGAUCGAGUCGGUGGUCCUUACAGAUGCCGCUUCCGAGUCGGGGAGGGACGACGACGAGUAUGAGUUUCUGGGCGAUGUGUCGCUGGGAAAGGCCGAUGGCUGGGUUCCGGUUAUGGUGGCUGAGGAGGAUGAGGGAUACGACUGGAUAUCUCUUACGGGCUCACUUGUCAUGAUGGGAGGAAUGUCUGAGGCACACAAGUAAUCGACCAUAGGUUCUAAGGGAAAGUGGUAGUUAGAACAACACCGUUUUGCUUGUGCGGACGUGAAGCGCCUGGCAUUUACAAUCCAGUCGAUCUGCUCCUGCUCGCGAGAGCCGGGGAGCCGGGGAGAUUUCUGCGCCUCUCGCUACCCCGAACACAGCGCCAAUGCUUGAAUCGUUCAGCAUUUCUAUCUGUAUGUUGUACUAUUUAAAGAUGGCCGAUAUUUUGGUUCAAUGAGUUCAUACGUAUGCAAGCCGGUGGUCUCGUACUCCGCUGUA